UGUUCUCGUCUUCUUAAACGAUGGAAUCAUUCUUAAUGAGGCACUCCCGCGCGAGUUCGUUCCUUGGGAAUUCCCAGAGGCUAAAUAUCCGCCGCCGCCCAUAACCAUAUUCCUCGAACCACCACGACAAGUUCCUUGGGUAUCUUACAGUGUUAGGUGGUCACUCCUGGAGGCUCCCAAUAUGGCCGAUUAUCCUGCGUCGCCGUUGUCAACACCGUCCUAUAACCACAGUAUCAACAACCGUGUUGGCCUAUGUAACAUUAAGGCAUUCGGUAUCACUUGCGACUUCGUAGAUUCAUUGUGUGCUUACGCGGAUGUGCCGGGUGACACGGCUGCUGCAACGCCUGAUCUACACUUCCUACACUCAUCCUCCAUUCCCACAUUCCGACCUGACCGACCGGCAAGCAAUCAUCAGGAACCGCCUGUGACUGCCAGCCUAGUUGAUGGUUCUUCUAAUAGUCGGAACAAAGGCCGUCAGUCACAGUGGCAGUCUUCAUGGCGGUUCAUUAAGAAGAUUGACGAGUAUCACCAGAAGCUUCAGGAAUGCCUCCAAAGCAGACCGGGCGAGCUAGGGGAUUGGUUCAAAACGUAUAGGGAGCCAAAGGAUAUCAGGAACUACGGUUUAAGGGCCCUUGGAGACAUUCAACAAAACGAGGUUCCCACCGAAUUCCCCGAGAUGCUCUGCGCCAUGAUUGUCCAGCAUGCAAUUUCUCAUUACGCCACGGACAGAGGUUCCUAUGAGGGUGUCCAGUCAGCAUUCACUAGUUGGAGGAAUACGAUACCGCUAAACGAAAUAAACCUAGAGAGUCUGAAUCUAGUUUUUGAACAGUUGAAGCUAGUGGAUAAAUCAUCAUUGGAAGAUGCUCGACCUACUCGAAUUCCUUACGAAACGCAAGUUUUCGAAACGGGAAGACAAUUUACAAACCCAAGCCCUACUUUCUAUCCCCAGACUAUCAACGAAAACUCUUUGUCUAUGUGGACAUUUCAUGACCAGAGCUUCACUCCUCGUCUUAGUGACGAAUAUCCCACAGCUUAUCAACUGAACCAACCUCAGCAACUCAAUCCAUUCGAAUCAUUGGGCAACCAGUAUCUUAUGCCUUCUUAUGUCCCGACAACCAAUAGGAAUCAAUCUUUCCUGUCACAUGAAAUUGAUGCGUCUUCUACCUUUUCGCGCCAGCCUCAUCUACACAACCCUGGACCGUCAUUUGAAUAUCCCCAACCGCCCGGUUGUCGCCCUCACGAGACUCAGUUGGGCCUAGGUGCUUUAAACCAGUCUGCCCCCUUUGGUGUUUUCAAGAGAUUCAUAGAUAACUUCACCAAUCAGGGCGAUCUGCCUCACCUUUUUGCGCAGGGGUUAAUUCGCUGGAACAAUUUAUCAUUGACUUCGAACGCCCGGAUCUCCGAGAAACUGUUCUUCAACAGAAUUGAAAAUACCCUUUUUGGCCCGCUGAGAAAUUCUAUUUCACAAUCCGCACAACAUCCGAUAGCACAAGCUAUCGUUUCGACUACUUGGUCGGUGGCAUUGCUUGGUGCGCUACAUUCGGUUAAGGAUACGGUCAAGUAUAUGAUCCAUCUAAGUGUGAGCUUAUUUCCGAAUGCUGGUUCUUGUCGUGAUUUUGUUCGGACCGUACUGCAAGUCUGUCCUACGGCCCAUGUGGCGGAAGAGCCGAACGGUCCUUCCGGCCGUCGGAGACAUAUAACAAACCAUGCUCUUGAGCAAAAACUCGACGAGGUGGAAAGAGAUUUCAGUGGGGAAUACCAUCCCACAUAUCUCUUCGCGUCGCAAUCAUCUCAUUCUCGAGACUCUCGAACGCUCCAGCCAAACCAACCCACGAUUGCCUCGCAGACUAGCACUAGUCAGCCUACAUUAUCUGUUCCCGAUUCAACAGGAAGUUACACGCGGAGUGUGUACGGGACUAACUCGGAGAUUUCCACGCCUCAUGAAUUAAACGCCAGCCCGAUGUCCCCUGCACCAAAUAUGGUACGGUGCAACCAAUGUGAGAAGGUUUUUAAAGGCAAAAACAUAAGCUCUCACUUAUCUCGGCACAAGCGAUCGCAUGUGGACGUAACUAUCAAAUGUCCGAACAGCGAUUGUAAUAAGACGUUUAAAGGAGGACGCACCGAUAAUAUCAGGGCGCACUGCCGCAACGUCCACAACUUGACACUGCCAGAAGAUGGGAGGGGCUUCUGGGCAAUGUUAAAUACGACGGCUGAAUAGGGCGGCUGCAUCUGUCGUCAAUCCAGGAAAUGCUUAUUGCCUUGUAUAACACGGCCUAUCCAAUUUAACAGAUGUACAGACGUUACAUAUACUGACAUCACAUUUCCGCUGUCACAUACCAACUCAUUUAUACCCGAUUCUUAUACUCCAUCUCAUGAAUUUCACGACAUAUACCCCUUUUUAUCGAUUAA